AUGCCUGUUAGUGAAGUGUCCAGUCGACGAAGCUCUGUGGCGGCGGAUGUUCAGAACAAACCGGCAACACUGAACAUACAAGAGCCCGUCGCCAGACAGAUUCGUACGCUGUCAGCCACCUCCAAGGCCAACGCAGCAACCAGACGAAAAUCCAUGAGUCUGUAUUCCAGAUCACAUCAAGCCGGCCAAACCGAGCUUCCGCAUCAACUGGCAGCGAAGAUUGCCAAUACAUACAAGUUACGUCCUGAUGCGGACAAACGAUUUCGCUGUAACGACGUUAAGGAUGCCAUAGACAGAGUCCUGGAAAGCCACCUUAAGGAGCUUCCAUAUGAUCCUGAAAAAUGUAAGAGCCUGCUUCCCUGCAUCGCAGACGAAAUCAAGGAUAAAGUCAAGGUACUUGGUUUUGAGAGAUUUAAACUAGUUUGUGUCGUGACCAUAGGACAGUUGAAUAACCAAGGAGUACGUGUGGCAAGCCGGUGCCUGUGGGAUGUUGAAACAGAUCGCGUGGCCUCAUCAUCGUUUUGUGGCAAUGAUCUCUUUGCUACAGCAGCAGUGUUUGGAAUUUAUCGAGAAUAA